UUUCAGUGAUCACCAGCUACCAGCUGUCCUACAAUACAGCCCCUCACAGGAUGCACAAAGGAGCGCAGACUGGAGGAUCAGCCACGGGAAGAGUGGGGUGAGCUACAGAUCUGGUCAGAAGUUGGUGGUCCAGUGUAUGAGGAAGGCAUGGGGCCAAAGGUAACUCCAUGCGUUGGAGACGAUGGAUAAAUAUACCGUGAUUAAGGCCAUUGGAGAAGGUGCCUUUGGGAAAGCAUACUUGGCCAAAGGGAAGUCAGAUAGCGAGCACUGUGUUAUAAAAGAGAUCAAUUUUGAAAAGAUGCCCAUCCAAGAAAAAGAAGCUUCAAAGAAAGAAGUCAUUCUUCUGGCAAAGAUGAAACAUCCCAACAUUGUAACCUUCUUCAGUUCAUUUCAAGAGAACAACAGGCUGUUUAUUGUGAUGGAGUAUUGUGAUGGAGGGGAUCUCAUGAAAAGGAUCAAAAGACAACGCGGAGUGUUAUUUAGUGAAGAUCAGAUUCUGAGUUGGUUUGUACAGAUUUCUCUAGGACUGAAACAUAUUCAUGACAGGAAGAUCUUACACAGGGACAUAAAAACACAGAACAUUUUUCUUAGCAAGAAUGGAAUGGUUGCAAAGCUUGGGGACUUUGGUAUUGCAAGAGUCCUGAACAAUACCAUGGAACUUGCUAGAACUUGUGUUGGAACCCCUUACUACUUGUCCCCAGAGAUCUGUCAGAAUAAACCCUACAAUAAUAAAACGGAUAUUUGGUCUCUUGGCUGUGUCUUAUAUGAGCUCUGUACACUCAGACAUCCGUUUGAGGGUAACAACUUACACCAGCUGAUUCUGAAGAUUUGUCAAGCUCAUGUUCCCCCAAUAUCUCCAAGGUUUUCCCAUGAUCUACAGUCCUUAAUAGCCCAGCUCUUUGAAGUAUCUCCCCAAGAUCGACCAUCCAUUAAUUCCAUCUUGAAAAGGCCUUUUUUGGAGAAUCUUAUUGCCAAAUACUUGACUCCUGAGGUCAUUCAGGAAGAGUUCAAUCACACCCUCUUACAUAAAGCGAGAGCAUCUGCUUCUCGACCUGCUGGGAAGGUAGUCCCAGAUCCUAAAAUACAGAAAGUGAGAUUCCAGGGAAAGUGCCUACCAAGAUCAAGGAUAUCCGUGCCAAUUAAAAGGAAGGACACAUUAUAUAGAAAUGAAUGGAGACCACCAGCUGGCGCCCAGAAGCCCAUGUCUAUAAAAAUGGUAGAAAGGCCCCAACUUGCAGCCGUAUGUGGACACUAUGAUCAGUAUUAUGCUCGACUUGACUUGUUGCGGAAGAGAGCCCAUGGACCACAUUACCACCGUGUUCCUCAAAAAGACACCGGAGUCGAGGAGAAUUAUAGUCAGGAAGAAAGCCACAGCCCAUCCCCAGGUCAAUGCCUUGCUGAAUACCUUCAGAGGAAAUGUGAAGCUCAACAAUAUAAGCUGAAAGUGGAAAAGCAAUUGGGUCUUUGUCCAUCUUCUGCUGAGCCACAUCACAACCAGAGACAAAAGCUAAGAAGUGAUGCAGAAGAGCUUGGGUUCCAGGCGCUGCAGUUCAGGAGGAACGAAAUGAAGGAACAGGAAUAUUGGAAGCAGUUAGAGGAAAUACGCCAACAGUACCACAACGACAUGAAGGAAAUUAGAAGGAAGAUGGGGUGUGAACUGAAGGAGGACUCAAAAAUAACUCAUAAAACGUAUUUGGUGAAGAAGUGUGACCUGCCUGUCCACCAAGAGGCACCCGAGGAAGGAGCACCUGUGCAGGAUAUUGAAAGAAACUUGGAACAAAUUAUACUUCCGAACAUAAAGGAAAAUAAAAUUCCAGAACAAAAACAUAAAGCGAAGAGAGGGGUAAAGUUUGAAAUUAAUUUAGACAAAUGUGUUUCUGAUGAAAACACCCUCCAAGAGGAAGAGGCAAUGGAUAUACUGAAUGAAACUUUGACCUUUGAGGACGGCAGGAAGUUUAAGGAAUAUACAUGUAUAAAGGAGCUUGAAAAGUCUACAGACCAAGCAUCUGAAGCAGAGUUGUUCAUUCCGGAUGCUGCUGCCGCCGCAGAGAACAGGAGACAGUGGGAUGCUGGGCCUCCUCAGACUCUGCUACAAGUGAUGUCUGCAGCUGACGUCACCUGCGCCAGCUGCUGCACCGUGCCUGAGGACAGCCGAGUGACUGGGAUUGAAGGCGGUCCAGAAAACAGGAAACAGUGGCGGCACAAAAUGCCGGGAACUUUAAUGAGUGUUUUGGCAGCAGCACGUCUAACCAGCAGCUCACUUUCUGCCAGUGAUGCACAAUUGGCUCCAGAUGCCGAGCUGGAAAAUGAGGGACCAUGUGGAACAGAGAGACACGUCAUCCCAGGUGAAGCCAUCCUAGACCCACCAGUCUCCAGGUGGCCAGUGGGAACAUUAAAACAGUGGCUUCCUAAAGAAGAUGAGGGGAAGGUAGACGUGUCCUCUGACACUGAAGUAGAUGGAGAACAACCAGCACCAAGAUCUGAUGAUGAUGAUACAAAUUUUGAAGAAUCUGAAGAUGAGUUGAGAAAUGAAGUAGUAGGAUCCCUGGAAAAACUGGCUACUUCCAAAGAGGCAGAAAAAAGAGAAGAGGCUUCCGGUUCCUCUAAGGAUGCUGACAACUUAGAAGAAAACGAGGGAAUAGGCAUGAAGAAAUAUGCAGAAUUAAAUGAUGGUCUGGAGACUGUUUCUCCUCCAGCUGAUGACAAAAUUUGUAUUGUGGAUGAAGACCAGAAAACAUCAACCACCAGUCAAAAUAUGCAAGUGUGAUUAUUGAACUUUUUCUUAAUAAGUUGAUAUCUAUUAACUAUAGUUAAUAGAUAUAGUAAUAGUUUCUAGUUAAUAGUUAUAGCAUCUAUUAACAAAGUGUCUCUUUGGGUACAAGUCAUAAAUAUUCAUUUAUUGUAAUGGUUUUCCAGUAAUCCCAAGGCUUUAUUAGUUUUUCUCUCAAUUUAGACAAUAGGAUUAACUUUUGAGUGUAGCAAUUAAUAUUUUUACUUUAACAUUUCUAUUAAGAAAUCCUUCGGGUAGUAUAUGUGGUUGGCAGAGUAAUGUGGCUGCCCCCAACCCUACACACACCCAAAGAUGUGAAUGUAUUUUUGCGUGGCAAAGGGGAAUUAAGGUUGCAGAUGGAAUUAAGGUAGUUAAUCAGUUGACCUUAAAAUAGGGAGGUUAUCUUGGAUUAUUCAGGUGGGCUCAAUGUAAGCACAACAGUCUUUGAAAAUGGAAGAGGGAGGGAGAAGAGAGAACCAGAGAGGUGGCAGCUGAGAAGGAUUCAGCUUGAUGCUGCUGGCUUUGAAGAUGAAGGAAGAGGUCACAAGCCAAGGAGUGCAGGCAGCCUCUGGGAGCCAGGAAGGGCAGGGAAACGGAUCCACCUCUAAAGCCUGCCAAAGGAAUGCAGCUCUGCCAAUGCCUUGAUUUUGGUCUAGUGAAAUCCACUGUAGACUUCUGACCUACGGAACUGUAAGAUAAUUUUUUGUUGUUUUAACUAAGUUUGCAGUCAUUUGUCGUUAGUGAUAGAAAACGAAUACAAUAUACAAACUAACUCAUUUAAAAUAAUGAAUCUGUCAUUUUAUAAAACCAUGGUUUUGAAAUUUCUUAAGGUAUAAUGAAUAUGAUUUUUUUGAAGCUAAUGUUGACACUUACAGGAGUAAGGUAAUUGAGCAAGGAAAGGAACACAGCAUGCCAGUUAUGUACCACAUAAUCUUCUUGUUGUUUCAUUGAAUUAUUCGCUAAUAGUUUCAAAUGUAUAGAUUAGAAACUUCUGGAAGGCAGGGACUAUAUCUGGCCUUUAUUUCUUAUGAUGGUCUUUUUAUACAUAGUGCUUAGCACCAUGCCAGAAAUGCUUCUUAAUUGAAUAGGUAGAUACUAAUACAAUUUCCUCAUUAAGACUGUAAGUUCUUUGAGGCAGGAAACUAGACUUAAACUUUUUUGUGUUAAUUAUACCAAUCCCAGUGUUGAACCUGUGCCUGGAGCUUAGUAGAUAUUCGUUGAUUUACUGUAUCUGCUGUUAGGAAGGACAGAGUGCUUAUAUCUAAGUGGUAGAAUUCGGCCUGAAAUAUCUGGUCUGUAAUGAAAAUAAAACUAAAAUGGCAGAUUGAUAUACUGCUGAACCAAGAAAACAAAGAUGAGGAGGGGUUGGUUAUUAUUCCUAAGGUCUGCUUAGUAUUUACAUCUGGUAGAAUAUUAUUACAUGUGGGGAAUGCAAGUAUCAGGAUUUCCCUAACUGGGAUGUGGCCAGCCUUUUAUGCCUUUAUUUUCCUGGUGACGUGUGAGAGACUGUUCUUCCAACUUGGUGUAUAGGUACAUUCUACUCUUUUAGGGCUCAGUAUGGUCACACCAUGAGGCUAAGAAACUUUAACAAUUUCUCACCCAUUAUGUUAAUUUCAGACUAGGUAACACAUAAUCCUGAGGGAUUGAAGCAUCUAAUUCUACAGCUCUUUUAGUGGUCAGUGCAUGCAUGUUUACUUUACUUUCAGGACAUUAUCUGGUUCAGGCAUUGAAUCUGCUGGUGUCAUCCUCAUUCUAAACAGUAUUUGAAAGCAUGGAAAAUGAAACACGAUUCCUGGAAAAUCCCAAAGAUCCGAAGACCACACACAGGAAAAAAAAAAAAGGAAUGAAUGUUUAAGGUCAAUGUUUAAGGAUAAACAUAUCAGGCUGGCUCCAAUGACAAGAUGCUUCGCUAAAAUCUCCUUUAGGUAACAGCCACCCACCCUUAUCGUUCGUUCUAAGAUUUUGAGUUCUUUGCUUGUAAGUUAGAAAGUAUUCACCGUGAUAAGUGUGCAUAGCUGCAAGGUUUUACAAGCUGCUCCAGCCCAAUGCACCUUACCCAUCUUACAUGCACCAUUACCUGAAUCAUGUUCCUGCCGCCCAGUUCUGAUUACUUUACUUCUUAAAGUUUUAGGCUUGGUUACAUCUGUUAAAUUGAAACUAUUGAU